AUCAUAUAGUAAAUAUGUUAAUUUCUAAUUUAAAUACGCUAAAUUUAGAAGAAUUAUAUUUUAUUUUAAAUUUUUUAUACCUAAAAAAUUAAGUUGGAAUAAAUUCAGACACAGGUAAAUUUAUUUACUAACCAGAAAGUUGGAAUAAAUUUUUUCUAAUGUAUAAACUGAACAAAAAUUUAAAUUGAUAGGUAGUGACUUUAGGACAAUUUAGAUGGAACCAUUUGGAUGAACAGAAGGAAAGUCCAUCAAUUAUCUACCAUCUCUCUCUAGAUAUCAAUAUCUAUAUAUAGGUAUCUAUAUAAAUAGGGUGUAGGUGUAGUGGAAGGGACAUGGCGACGCUGUUGAGCUUGGAUUGUGCGGCCGCUCCAGGCCUCGCCGAUUAGAAGAAGAAUGCGCCGGCCGAUGAGAUUUUGUCUCAGGCAAUGGAUGGAUCGGAAGGCAACCUCCCCUGCGCCAACUCUUCCCUCCCUCUCCCUGCGGCAUCUUCUGACGCCGUCGGCGAUCUCGACCUGUCCUCGUCGUCGUGGGCGGCGGCGCUGCUGCUGGAGUGCGCACGGGCGAUGGACUCGCGCGACGGGCGACGGGCGCGCCGCCUCAUGUGGACGCUGAACGAGCUGGCGUCGCCGUACGGGGACGGCGAGCAGAAGCUCGCCUCUUUCUUUCUACAGGGGCUGUUCGCGCGCGCCACCUGCGCCGGGCCGCGCACCCUCGGCGCCCUCGCCGGCGCGUCGCUCCGCAACCGCGCCUCCUUCGAGUGCACGCGGCGCACCGCGCUCCGGUUCCAGGAGCUCAGCCCCUGGUCGCCCUUCGGGCACGUCGCGGCCAACGCCGCCAUCCUCGACUCGUUCUACUCGUCGUCGUCGUCGUCGAGCCUCCACAUUAUCGACAUCAGCAACACCUUCUGCACGCAGUGGCCGACGCUGCUCGAGGCGCUGGCCACGCGGGCCUCCGACGCCGACACGCCUCGCGUCGCCAUCACCACCGUCGUGGUCUCCGCUUCCGCCGUGCAAGAGGAGGCGAUGAGGGAGGUCGGCCGGCGGAUGGAGCGGUUCGCGAGAUUGAUGGGCGUGCCCUUCCGGUUCGACGCGGUCCAUCACCCCGCCGGCCGCGACCUCUCCGACCUCGACCUCGACCACCUCGUCCGCGAGGGCGGCGCCGCCCUCGCGGUCAACUGCGUCAACUCGCUCCGCGGGGUGCCGGCCGUCGGCCGACGCCGCGACGCCCUCCUCGCGGCCUUCCGCCGGCUCAACCCGAUGAUCGUGACGGUUGUGGAGGAGGAAGCAGAGCUAUCGAUGGAGGGGGAGGAGGAGGCGGAGGAGGAGGAGGCGUUCUUGAAACUCUUCCGCGGUAGCUUGGGAUUCUUCUCCGCCUACUUGGAGUCGCUGGAGGAGAGCUUCCCGCGCGCGAGCGAGGAGCGUCUGUCCCUCGAACGCGCAGCCGGCCGCGCGGUGGUGGACCUGGUGGCGUGCCCGGCCGCCGGGUCGGCCGAGCGGCGGGACACGGGCGCAAGGUGGUCCAGGCUGAUGCGAGCGGCGGGGUUCGAGCCGCUGGAGUUCAGCGACGACGUCACCGACGACCUGAGGGCGUUGCUGAGGAGGUACCGGGAAGGUUGGUCCAUGCGCGCAGCCGCCGCCGGCGCAUUCCUCGCCUGGAGGGAGAAGCCGGUGGUGUGGGCGAGCGCGUGGAAGCCAACCACGAGAGAGUGAUGCCCAAAACUCACAGCUCCAUUGUGCUUUGUCAAAUCUUAAAUGGAACUAAUAUUUUAACGAGUAUAAAUUGUGCUCCGGAUUUUUAUAUAUAUAAAAUAUCUUCAAAA